GGAAAGGAAAACUCACUUGGAAUUCAGUCUGAGCAACAAACAUGCAGUUUUAAACAGAUAUAAGUUGACGGAUUAUUACCAGUGACUGUAAAAGCAUUUGCGCCAUGGUGAAAUUACGUGCCAGGUGUAUUCUUGUUGGAGAUGCAGCAGUAGGGAAAAGUGCCCUGUCUCAGACGUUCUGCAGCGAUGGUUCCCACUUCCCGAAGAACUACAGCAUGACUACUGGUGUGGAGCUGAUGGUGAAGACAGUGAGCAUCCCAGAGACCAGCGAUAGUGUGGAGCUGUUUAUCUUUGACUCUGCAGGGCGGGAGACAUUUGUAGAGACAUGUGAAAAAAUGUGGGGGCAGCCAUCAGUCGUGUGUCUGGUGUUUGAGAUCAGCAGCCUGGACUCGUUCAACAGUUGCGGCCGCUGGCUGGAGAGAGUCCGAGCUCGCAGCAACGGACUGCAGUUACCGGGUGUGUUGGUGGGGAAUAAGUCAGACCUGGCAUCGAGGAGAGAGGUGGAGACGUCCGUGGCACAGGAGUGGGCACAGGAACAAGGUCUUCAGUACCAUGAGACCUCAGCUAAGGACAUGGAGAACUGCGAUGCCCCGUUUCUGAGUUUAGCCCAAGCCUUUUAUGCUCUGUAUCAGGACCAGAGGCAGAAGAUACAGAGGCUUGGUUAGGAUUAAGGAUGUUCAUAAUUCACCGUUUAAUCAUGAUUAGUGUGGUAAACGCACAAAGUAUGGAGAGACAAUUCCUCUUCGUCGCAUACAAAUCCUCUCGACUGAUUGAGAGCUAAUCAGACACGUUUCCCGAGGCUGGCCACUCUAGCUCAGCGUUAUCUUUGCAGAUCGGGGACAUCGGUGCCAUCUGAGCGGGCAUUCUCUGCCGUAAAUAAACUGCACAGAAGACUAAUCCUACAGCAUGUCAACAUGUUGCUAUUUAUGAAUAAAAAUCAGUAAACAAGUU